AUGACAAACCUGGAGUCCCUGCAGAUCACCAACGGCAAACACUUCAACGAAGGACACUUUAGGGUCCUAGUGGAUUUGCCCAAGCUGACAGACCUGGACCUGAGCGAGGUGGACAGGGUGACUGAUGAGUCACUGGUGACCAUCAGUAACAUAAGCGGCCUGACUCGCCUCUGCCUCAAUGGCUGCAGGGCAAUCACCGAUGACGGUGUUUCUGCGCUGACAGCGCUGCGUGAUCUGCAAUCGCUGGAGAUCAGGGACUGUGACAAGGUGUCAGAGGCGGCUGUGAAUGACCUGCAAAAUAAAUUGCCUGUUGUGGUGGAAAUUCAGUCUGGAAAGUCACCCGGAGGGUGCAGCAUCAGCUGA